GUUACAGAAAGGUCACGAUCUGACAAUUUUACAGAAGCGUUAAAGAAAACAAAGCGCACAAAUCCUGCACAUUCAUCGAGCACUCUUCAAUGAGAAUCGAAAAGUUAAAAGAAAAAGACACUAACCGUCUUAUUUAAAUUCAAUUCUGUAUAAUAGUUUCCGCGAUUUUUUAAUUUUUGUUAUGUGGUUAUGUUUUCAAUGUGGAAUUUCAAAACCUUAAAAUUGAAAUAUCUAUAGGAUUCAAUCAGAGAAAUUCAAAAAACGCAUCAAACACUGAAGUCGUCAAUCACAACGGGGUAUGAAUUGUGAUUGUGUGAAAUGUGAGAUAAAAAAAAGACAAAAACAUUUACAAGCGACGACAUUGAUAGAAUAGAGAGAGAGAGAAAAAAAAAAUAACACAACGGGUGAAUUGAAUAAAUUAAUGAAGUAAACUGUUUUCAUCGAGGAAGAGAAAAGUGAAUUUUAUUUAAAAAAAAAAAAACGUGAUCAAAAUCAAAACUGGAAACUCAGCGAAUAUGCAUCAAUUAAAUAUAAUAAUAGUGGUGUGGAUGGUGUUAUUUUAUAUGUCGAAUGGGGAAAAUGUGCCAAUUGAAGAUACAACCGAUACAGUGGUCGAUGUAUACGAUCCGAUGGGCUCCGAUGAAACAUUCGAUCCACAGAAAGAUUACAUCGACAUUAAAAGCUCAUAUGCGAAAUUUUAUAAAUUGUCCGGUCCGCCAAUUAUGGUACCACCAGCAUCACAACAAAAAUCAUGGCAACUGGUCGAUGAGACAACCAAUCCCGACAAUUAUGAUGAUACAAAUGAUAUGACGUCAACAAUUCCACCACAAAUCGAACAACAGACCACAAUAAAAUUCACGGAAAAUACUGUAAAGCGUACAAUGAAUGAUAUUGUAAAAAAUACACCGCAGCCCAAUACAUUUGAUACAUAUGAACAAUCAAUAGCACCAAAUGCUGAGCAUUUCAUGCAAAAAACAUCACUUCCAUCGUCAUCGUUCGAAUUGACGAGCAUCAAUGGUGACAAUAGAAGUGAAGAUGAUUUUGUCAAUGAAACGGGCAAUGAUGCACAACCGGCUCCAUUUGUAUCCACACAAAACGACACAAAUAUUCACAACGAGAGCGGCGAUUAUAUAAAUGACGAAGCGAUCGAAACAAAUUAUUCACAACCGAUAACCUCCAUACCAUACUCAAUGGACACAACAAUUACAUCAUUACCCUCAUCGCCUGUUUUCAUAUCAACACGGCCACCAACACCAUUCUCGACCAGUACAUCAACAUCGACCAUAACAGCAGCAGCAGCCGUUAUAUCGCCACCACUGGCAUUAGUACCAGCACCACUUGCACCAUCGCCAAAUGGACGACCGAUUACACCAAUUCCACAAGUUAACAAACGACCGAAAAAAAUCAAAGAAGAUAAAGACGACGAAGAAAAAGAAGUGCCACGCAUUUACAAAUAUAGUGCCGAUGAAAUCGUACGAAAAUACUUAGAUGACACAUUUUUACGUGCACCGCUAGCCACACUUAUUAAUACCGCUCCAGAACCGUUACGAAAAGCAAAAAUGCUAUGGAAGUCAGCACUUCGACCAAAUACACCAAUCGACAUCGUUUUGGUGGCUUUCAAUUCAUCAGGUGUUGGUGUGACGUAUAGUUUCAAGAAUACUCGAACAAUGAUUGCCGGCUUGGACAGUGUACAAGAGUCACGUGAAAUGAUUGAAGGAGGCAGUGGUUUUUAUGGUAUUUUAAGAGCAUCAGAACUAGUACCAUAUGAUAGUGCAAUAUUCAUAAGCACCGAUAAAAUUCCACAAGAUCUUAGCCUUAUGAAAAAUGCGGCUACCAUUUUACUGAAGAAAAGAAUUCGGUUGUAUUUAAUUUGGUUUGGUGAUCAAGUGAUCGAAGAGAAUGAAACGUCGAUUGGCGGUGCUUUGGGUGAAGUAGCGUUACGUUCGGGUGGUGAAAUUCUCCGUAUUACCGAAGAAUCGUUUGGCAACGGUGACAUGGGACUGGUAACUCAUUUCUUACAAAACGAUAUUCAAGGCGCCCAAAUUCUGGAAAUUCCCGUUAAUACGACCGACACAAAUUUGCAUAUAAAAAUUCAGGGAAACGUCGAUCAAGCGACAAUCAUGGCACCGACUGAUGGAAAAAUCUGUAAUCUACUUAGUAUUGAUUCAGUUAAAAGAUUUUCGAAUGGUUCACGUGCAAUUUAUAUGCCAAAUGAUCAGAAGUUUGUCAUCGAUUUAAAUAUAACGGCCACACCGAAAGGUAUUUACGUACUGACCAUUGUACCGGAGAUAACAAAUAGUGGAACGUACGAAAAAUACAAUCUUAUGGUUGAUUCGGAAUUUGAUCGUCGAACGACAAAGAAUGAAAUUGAUACAACAAUGGAAUACUUUUCCCCAAACGAUGGACUUAUGUUCAGAAAUCGCAGAAGCGAAACACUCUCCGAAGCACGUGAUGAUGAAGUUGUUUGGCCGGAAUACCAAAACGAUAAUCAAUUUGACGAGCCUCAAUUCAUAACAAAUGACACUGAAAUCUUGACGCGAAGUGAAAAAAGUCUCCUGCAAUCGGUGACAAAAAUUGAUUUGGGUGCACAAUCACAAUUGCUAGCCAAUCCUGGUUCGACCGUUCAAAUUUACUAUGAAAUCACCAAUUUGCGAGAUGUACCAACACUUCAUAACUUUCAAGUGACUGAUGAACAACGAUUUUUACGCACUUUAAAUCCCGUAUCGAUGUGGUUGGCACCAGGUCAAACGAACAAUGCCAUCGUUACAUGCUUCAUUCCAGCGAACAUUGAAGUCGGUACAAAGGAUAAAAUCACAUUUACAUCACCCGGACAAAAUUUGGCAAGUCAAUCGGCUAUUCUAACGGUGACAUCGCCACAAUCACCCAUACAGGAUCGUUAUGCACCGUAUGUGUACUGGAAGUAUGGAAGUCGAUGCUAUGGUCGUAGUGAAGCUGGACAUUGUGCGGGUUCGAUUUGGUCAGUUGAAAUAACAACCUAUGACACUGAUACGGGAAUUUUACGCGUACAAUCAAGUCCAAAAGGCUUAUUAAUUCGUGACCGAUACACAGCCGGAACAACGGAAGAGGUCAAAGCCACUUACACAGCUUCAUGUUGUACACCACGUGUUACAAUAACAAGCUAUGAUGUUGCCGGCAAUCCAAAGACAAUUACACUCGACGUAACCGAUUUUUAUUUAGAGCCAAUGGAAAUUGUUGCAAUCGUGCUGGGCUCAAUUCUAUUGCUUAUAAUUAUCGUUGCGAUAAUUCUGGGAAUUAUUUAUUGUUGCAAAAAGCAUCGAAACACUCGUGAACUACCGGUAUACCGGAGCCGGGCCGAAAGAGAUCGGUCUACAUAAUCCAAACAUAAAAUUCACAUCACUUAGGCCUUUUUUGGUGGAGGUAGCGAAAGCACACACAAACAAACACGUCGAUCAUCAGCACACUGUUCGCGAUCAUUCCCUUUAAACUUAAUUAACGACGACUUUUUUUCUACUUAACUCAAUUGAGCAUUUUUAUUAAACAUACUAUCAAUAUCAUGUAAAAACAAAAUUUAGAUAAGAAUAAUCAAAACAGGGACUAUAUUUGUACAAUAGAAAAUAAGAAAACUACAUAUGUUAACAAUGCAAAAAAAUAUACACGAAGGCGAUGUGC